UGAAGGUGACAAACUUCUCAGCUGUGGAGGAAGAUAAUCGGUGCUGAUGGUAGGACAAAGGAAACACUUCAUGACUGAUACUCAGUGAAACCUGUUGGACGCGUCAUUGAUGGAUUAAUGGACUCUUCAGGCAGCUGAGUCACGUGUCUGUUGUCCCUCUCGGUCCCUCUGGACAUAUUUCCUAUUUCAGUAUGAGGGUAUUCAGUGUUUCACAUCAGCACAAGUUCCUGCUUGUUUGGACUAAAAGAUGGCACGAGCCGGCGUCAGGAGGGGGCUCUUAUCAUGUCUCAGCUCCUGUCCUGCACCCAGAGGACAGCAGCAUCAAACCUGUGGUGAGGACACGCCGCGGUGUGUUAAAAAACCCCAAACCUGUUUUAUCUGAGGAUCGAAAGAAGUCAGCUCGGAGCAAAGUGUGGAAAAAUGAGCCCCCGGUGUUGCAGAUGCCGAAUCAGAGGAUGUUUGCGGACAGCAGAGUGUCUUCUGAGCUCAGGAGACUGAGUGUGGAGGACUUCCCUGCAGAGAGGGAGAGACAGGUGGGACAGAGGUCAACACUGGACUCCAAGGUGGACAACUAUGAGGUUGUGUUUGGCGUCGCUCCCUGUCUCUUGGCUCUCACUCAGGGAAGGCGCAAACCCCGGAGACUGUUUGUAAAAGACGGCGAGACGUCUCAGAGGACGUCUCUGCUCCAGGUGUGUGAGGAGGCUCACCGACGAGGAGUCCAAGUCCAGCGAGUCAGCAAGAGGGAUCUGGACAAGAUGUCUUCUGGACGAGUGCAUCAAGGAGUGUGUCUGCAGGCAAGUCCUCUGAGCUAUCUCACCGAGGACAGGGACUCCAGCAGAAGACACAGAGGGGACACCCCUUUGUGGCUCGUCCUGGAGAAAAUCCAGGACCCGAUGAACCUUGGUGCCAUCCUGCGCUCGGCGUAUUUCCUCGGGGUGGACAGAGUUGCCAGCAGUCUUCGCCACAGCUGUCCGUUGUCCCCGGUGGUCAGCAAGGCCAGCUCGGGGGUCAUGGAGGUGCUCGGGGUGUACGGGUAUGAAGACCUCGAGGACAUGCUGCAGGUGAAGGUGGCGCGGGGCUGGCAGGUUGUGGGUACAGUCGGAGCCGGACCGGAGGAGUCCCAGAUUCCCGUCACCCAGUGCGCAGACUUUAAGAUGACCAAACCCACCGUGCUGCUGAUGGGAGGCGAAGGGGACGGUUUGUCCCGGCGGCUGCUGUCUCUGUGCCAGACUCUGCUCACCAUCCCGGCCGGCAGAGACCUGCACCCCGGGAUAGAGUCCCUCAACGUCUCUGUAGCCACAGGAAUCCUGCUGCACGCGCUGCUGUCCUCCAGACGCUCCGCCGGAUGAUGGACACCAAAAAAAUAUCUGUAAAAGAUGAAGAAUUAAACAUGUUGAUGUAAA